AUAACUCUGCACAUAGCUCAAGAUGGCGGAACACCAAGCUAUGUAUGCUACGGACGAGUAUGGUCGUCCUUUCAUCAUCCUUCGUGAACAGGCGAAGAAGACUCGGAGCCAUGGUGUAGAAGCAAUCAGAUCUCACAUUCUCGCUGCGCGUACCGUAUCGAAUAUCAUUCGGACAUCCCUUGGUCCCCGAGGUCUUGACAAGAUUCUCAUUUCUGCUGAUGGCGAUAUUACGGUUACCAACGACGGUGCCACCAUUCUUGGUCAAAUGGAGGUCGAACACCCAAUCGCAAAACUACUUGUGCAGCUGUCCAAAAGCCAAGAUGAUGAGAUCGGAGAUGGGACGACUGGUGUAGUUGUUCUUGCUGGCGCACUCCUUGAACAGAGUGAAGAACUCCUGGAUCGAGGCAUUCAUCCGAUUCGAAUAGCAGAUGGUUUUGAAAGGGCAUGUUCAGUUGCGGUUAAGCAGCUUGAUCGAAUUUCAGACCGUGUCGCAUUCACUCCUGAGGAUACCACAAACCUCUUCAAAACUGCUAAGACGAGUUUGGGAAGCAAGAUGUACAUCAUACUGCGUUAUCUAAAUCUUUCAAUUGCCGUAGAUGCUGUUCUCGCAGUUGCUGAUCUCGAACGGAAAGACGUUCCUUUCGACCUCAUCAAGGUCGACGGCAAAGUUGGCGGCUCACUAGCAGAUAUCAAACUCAUCAAGGGUGUACUUAUCGACAAAGACAUGUCACACCCUCAAAUGCCCAGCACCGUCAAGGACGCCAAGAUUGCUAUUCUCACCUGCCCAUUCGAGCCUCCGCGUCCAAAAACCAAACAUAAACUUGACAUCACCAGCGUGGAGGAGUACGAGAAGCUGCGGGAGUAUGAGCAUGACAAGUUCCAGGAGAUGAUCAGGCAGGUGAAAGAUACCGGCGCAAACCUUGUCAUCUGCCAGUGGGGCUUCGACGAUGAAGCAAAUCAUUUGCUCAUGCAGAAUGAGUUGCCGGCUGUUCGAUGGGUAGGCGGCCCCGAGAUCGAGCUCAUCGCCAUUGCGACCAACGGCCGCAUUGUCCCCCGAUUCGAAGACCUUACACCAGAGAAGCUUGGUUACGCCGGUAUCGUCCGCGAACUCUCCUUCGGUACUACCAGGGACAAAAUGCUUGUGAUUGAGGAGUGUGCCAACGCGCGAGCAGUUACUGUGUUCGUUCGAGGUAGCAACAAGAUGAUUGUCGAUGAGGCGAAGCGUGCUCUUCAUGAUGCGCUCUGCGCCGUGCGGAAUAUGAUCACCGACAACCGUAUCGUCUAUGGUGGUGGUGCUGCAGAGAUCAGCUGCUCAUUAGCAGUCUCGAAGGCAGCAGAUGAGAUCCCAACGAUUGAACAAUACGCAAUGCGUGCAUUUGCGAGCGCGUUAGAUGCUGUUCCUCUCGCUUUGGCAGAGAACAGCGGUCUGUCACCCAUUGAUACCUUGGCCGAAGUGAAGAGCCGUCACGUCCAUGAGGGUAACUCGGCACUCGGCAUCGACUGUCUGGGCAAGGGGGAAAACGACAUGAGGAAGCAAAGUGUUUACGAUCCUCUAAUCUUGAAGAGACAGCAAUACUUGCUUGCGACUCAACUUGUCCGAGCAGUUUUGAAGAUCGACGACGUCAUUGCUGCCGGCGAAGCAGAGGAGUAGACUUCACACUUGUACAAGUAAAUAUUAGCGGUAUAAUAUAUGGGGAUUACCCUCUACCCGUUAUUCAAAGCGUCCGAAAGGUAUCAAUGUGAGUGAAAUAGUGAGAGAUAUCUACUCUAAAAUGCAGGCAAUGAGACAAACAGGGAAACGAGCACAAAGUAACACAAUCUUCUGCGACCAGAGACGAUAUAUAACCAUCUACGCAGCAAUUCCUACCGAGACCUCAGUGAUUUCUUCGAUAGCAGUAACCUUCUCUGAUUCACCAUUGAUCUCUGUCUCGAGUUCGUCAUCCAAUGGUACCUCAACCUUCGGCUCUACCGCUUGACCAUUCGAAGUGACCUCACGACGUGUAUCCCAUUCCUUCAAUCCAACCGUUCCGCCCAAUUGCCGCCAACGCUCCAUAUGCCUCUGCUUCCUCUCAGUGCACAUCUUGUUCAAAGCCGGCCAGUACUUCUCAUGCUCGUAAACGAAAUCGACGUCGCCGCCAAACUCCUUCCAAACUGCGUUUGGAGCGAAGAUGCCUUCUUGGACUACUUGGGGAUUGAAACGCAUUUUGACACGGGUGACGGGGUCGACGAAGGGUGUGAUGAGCUUGAAGAAUGCGUUGAUGAGGAAGGGGACGUUGAUGAUGAUGGCUCGGCCGAGGUGUUCGGGAUAAUGUGUUUGGAGGAUGUUUAGGACCUGCGAUAUGCAUGUGUGAGUCACGGUGGGCUGCCGUUCAAUGAAUGUCUAUGGGUAGUGUAAUUGACGUACCGUUCGAGACGUUGAGAG